AUGGCGGCCGACUGCUCGGUUGUGCCGACGAGCACGCCCACCGCCGUUGCUUUGAGCAUCAGUGCCGUUCUCAUUUUCUCAGACACCUGGGGCCGUGCCGCCCGGCAGCGCAAAGCCAGCGGCUCGUCGUCCGCGUCCACCUCGUCAUUUGCCAUCAUCGGCCGCAAGCUGCUGAACAGCUACUCGGAUCAGCAGAUUGUGACGGGCAUUGGCAUCCAGAGCCUCGGUCUUUCUCAGAUCAGCUCGCUCGUGCCCUACCACUUCUUUUUGAUCUGGAUGCUGGGCCUGCUAUCGACGGCCGUCCACAACGCCGCCCUGCUCGCCCUCGUCCACGACUUCCGCCGCGACUGGGUCCUACGGUGGCUCCGCCAGGCCCUCAUGUUCGUCAACCUCGCCCUCAGCUGCAUCUACGGCAUAUUUGUGCUGCGCGAGCUCGCCGCCGGUCUGCCGCAGACGCUGCCAAUGGUGUGUGCGCUGGAGUCGGGCGUCCCCAAGAAUACGACCAUUGCCACAGGAGACGGCAAGGGCGGCAAGAGCGACACGACGGCCGCGUGGUCGGGCAGUGCCGGUGCGUUCCAGUUUAUAGCCACCGUGGCCGUGGUUGCCGGCAACUGCGUCGUCUUCAUCCUGUCCACGUGGUAUCUCCACAGCCGCGCGCAGCGCUUCUACCGUAUCGUGCAGCUAGUGGGUCUCGCCCUCAUGGCCGCCGUCGCCAUUGGCGUCGCCGUUCGCAUCGUGCUGCUGUCGCAGGCCUUUGGCCAUCCGUCCGUAUCGCUGUCCGACGUCGGCGAGACCCAGUGGAGCUUUGGUCAGCUGCUGUCGCUGCUGAUGCUUCUGUUGCCUCUCAUCUCGGUGGUCGAGAUUGCACGCGGCGAGAUCAAGGUGGCGCCGCCCGUGCAGGACGACGGCAGCGGCCACGGCGGGUCGGGCGAUACGGUGCCGCUUGUCGAGCAUCAGCUGCCCAUGGGUAAGGCCGGGCACACGUCAUUUCAGCCCACGCCCUUUUUCUCGUCAUCGUCACGGAGGACGAACAGUGGUCGAUAA